AUGCCUCAGCUCCAUGAGAAUCGUCUGCCACCCAACAAGGCACGAGCAAUAAUCUACAGCGAUGAAGAGGAAGACAUUCAACAUGAUCGUACUAGACUACAAACGAGCACUCACUUAGUUGAACAUCUCUUUGAUGACGAUGUCCCAUAUAGGUCAUGUUCGCACAGCACUGGACAAGAUAACCAGCAAGAUGAAGAUGAUCAACAGGAAGACAAGGAGCAGGAGGAUGAUGGCAUCAAGCCGAGGCAUUUCGAGAAGCUCAUCCGUGAGAUGCACUAUAGCAAGGCAGACAAGAGCAAGCUUGACGUAUGGAGUGAUGCAGCCCGUCUCAUCCCUCGAGCCAUGGGGCCUUUCAUUGACAUUCUCCAGACUCUGCAAGUCAGCAUAGCAUGUCAUGGUGUAGCUAAGGAUGCAUGGGAUCUCACUGACUGGCCUUAUCUUGAUGAAGAGAGUGCUUCAAAGCUCAUCGAGCAUUACAGCACUCUCCUGAGGAUCAUACCUGGCCUGGCGAAGCUUGUUUUGCAUUUUGAGAAUGAGCCAGAAGACCUUGUUCACUUCGCCACCUUCUUCGCCCACAAUGCUGAAGUAUUUGGAAAGGGACCUCGCCCAAGCAGUGAGGACUCAGCUCAACUAUAUGUGGGCCCAUCUUCGCUGGAUCUCCUCGCACAGCAGCAUGCUGUGAGACAUGCCAUGACGCAGGUUGCCACUCCUCCUCUGUUAAGCGAGGAUGGUAGAUCAGAGAUUGAAGAGCCCAUCGAUGCGAGUACAAGCCUCAGAGCUUGA